AUGAACGAGGCCGGGGCGGGCCACAAGGUGCCGUCGUACCAUGCGCCGCCCUUUACGUCGAAGCUGAGUGGUGCUACAAUCCACGAGCUUCGUUGCCUAGACACGCGGAUCCAGCUGGGUUUCCACCUGGUGCCGCACAUUGUGCAGACGCUGUACGCUGAGCUGCCGACGAGCUCGUAUGUGCUGUUCACCGACGCCCAUCUCGAGGCGCUCGGCGUGGUUGACCAGUUCCGCGAAGCGUUUGAGAAGUAUAGGCCAGAAGGCAACGCAUCGCGCGUACUCGCACACGUGCUGCCACCUGGCGAGGAGAGCAAGAGCCGCGAGACCAAGGCAGGCAUCGAGGACUGGAUGCUGGCGCACCGCCUGACACGCGACACGGUCGUGCUGGCCUGCGGUGGCGGCGUGAUGGGCGACUUGGUGGGCUUUGUAUCGGCGACGUUCAUGCGGGGCCUUAAGUAUGUGCAGAUUCCUACGACGCUGCUCGCCAUGGUGGACUCGGCCGUCGGCGGCAAAACGGCGAUCGACCAUCCCUACGGCAAGAACCUCAUUGGCGCGUUCCACCAGCCGCAGUUUGUGUUUGUGGACGCCGCAUGGCUCCUCACUCUGCCUGAGCGCGAGUUCUGCAACGGCAUGGCCGAGGUGGUGAAGACGGCGGCGAUUUGGGAUGCCGACGACUUUGACAAGCUCGAGAGCGAGUCCGAGUCGAUCCGCGCGGCCGUGCUCAGCGACGAGGCGCGCGCGGCUCCGGCCGGCCUCGGGCACACGCUCGCCACGCGCACGCCGUCGCAGACGCUCCUGCUCGAUGUGAUCCGCGGGAGCAUCGGCGUCAAGGCCCACAUCGUCACGAUCGACGAGAAGGAGACUGGCUUGCGCAACCUCGUCAACUUUGGGCACUCGGUCGGCCACGCGAUCGAGGCUGUGCUCACGCCCGCCAUCCUGCACGGCGAGUGUGUGGCCAUCGGGAUGGUGCUCGAGGCGGAGAUUGCGCGCGCGAUGCACGGCCUACCGCAGGUCGUGAUCGGGCGGCUCGUGCGGGCGCUGACGAACUAUGGACUGCCCGUCACGCUCAAAGAUGCGCGCAUCGCCGCGCUGCCGCAGGCGCAGGCCAUCACCACGGCGCGUCUGUUGGACAUUAUGCGCGUCGACAAGAAAAACGCCGGCACGGCCAAGAAGAUUGUGCUCCUGUCGCGCAUCGGCGCGACCGCCGAGGAGCGGGCCAGCACCGUGCCGGACGCCGUGAUCGCGCGCGUGCUCGCGCCGUCUGUCCAGGUAAGCUCGUCGCGCGGCGUACCGCGCGAGCCGGUGACGCUGCCGACGCCCGGCUCGAAGAGCGUGUCGAACCGUGCACUCGUCCUCGCUGCCCUCGCCGAAGGCACCUGCCGCCUGCGCAACCUGCUGCACUCGGACGACACGCAGGUCAUGAUGAACGCGCUGCGCACGCUGCGCGCCGCGGACUUUGCAUGGGAAGAGGACGGCGCUCAGCUCGUCGUGCACGGUGGUGGCGGCCGCCUGGAGGCGUGCGACAAGCCAGUGUACCUGCAGAACGCUGGCACCGCUGCCCGCUUCAUGACCGGCGUCACGACGCUGCUGCGGGAUGGCACGGUGACCCUCACGGGCAAUGCGCGGAUGAAGCAGCGCCCGAUUGGGCCGCUGGUGGACGCCCUCCGUGCGAACGGUGCGGACAUGGCGUACGUCGAGGCGCCGGGCGCCCUGCCUCUGUGCAUCACGGGCCGUGGCGGUCUGCGUGGCGGCGUGAUCCGCCUGGCCGCGGACGUGUCGUCGCAGUACGUGUCGGCGGUGCUGCUGUGUGCGCCGUACGCCCAGGAUCCCGUCACGCUCGAGCUUGUCGGCGGCAAGGUCAUUUCGCAGCCGUACAUCGACAUGACGGUGGCGAUGAUGGAGUCGUUUGGCGUGCGGGUCGAGCGGGUCGCUGAGCAUGUGUACCGCAUUCCGCAGCAGGCCUACCGUGCGCCAGCCGUGUACACGGUCGAGAGCGACGCGAGCAGCGCGACGUAUCCCCUGGCUGUCGCGGCGAUCACCGGCUCGACGGUCACCGUGCCGUCGAUUGGCUCCGCGUCGCUCCAGGGCGACGCGCGCUUUGCGCGCGACGUGCUCGCGGCGAUGGGCUGUCGUGUCGAGCAGACCGAGAACAGCACGACUGUCACUGGUCCGCCGCCCGGCACGCUGCGGCAGCUCGGCGAGGUCGACAUGGAGCCCAUGACCGAUGCGUUCAUGACAGCCGCCGUGCUGUUCGCCGUGGCACAAGGCACAUCGACCAAGAUCACCGGCAUUGCGAACCAGCGCGUGAAGGAGUGCGACCGCCUGCGUGCUACGGUCACCGAGCUUGCCAAGUUUGGCGUCGAGGCGCACGAGCACGACGACGGCAUCGUGGUGUAUGGCCGCUCGAUCGCGGACCUGGCGACCUCGGCGCCCAUCGCCUGCUACGACGACCACCGCAUCGCCAUGGCCUUCAGUGUCCUGGCCAGCGUCGUGCCAGGCCAGCCGACGACCCUGGAGGAAAAGCGGUGCGUCGAGAAGACGUGGCCUGCCUGGUGGGACGUGCUCGGCACGCAGCUGCGUGUGCCGCUCGCCGCUGCGGACGAGGCCAUGUCGCUCGUGCCGGCGCCGCGCGCGUCCGCUGACCUCUCGGGCUUACCCGGGCGCUACGCGUCAGACGCGACCAUUGUGCUGAUCGGAAUGCGCGCCUCAGGCAAGUCGCACAUUGGCCGCCUCCUCGCUGAGCGCAUGCACCGCACGUUCGUCGACGCGGACGAGGUGCUCUCGCAGCGCUUUGACCUGGGCACGUUUAUCGCGCAGCAUGGCUGGGACGCCUUCCGCCAAGAGGAGACGCGCGUGCUGGAGCAGCUCUUGCGCGAGUGUGCGCACGGCCACGUCCUCGCACUCGGCGGCGGCGUCGUCGAGGCACCGGCCAGUCGGGCGCUCCUCGCCGCGUUCCAGCGCACGGGCCCUGUGGUGCACGUGGUGCGCCGCUUCGAGGAGAUCGAGGCGUUCCUUGCGACGAGCCACCGCCCGCCGUACGGCGAGCCGCUGCGCGACGUGUUCGAGCGGCGGCAGCCUUGGUACAAUGCGUGUGCAUGCUUCGAGACGGUGAACGAGGGCGACGUCGUCACCGCGCUCGUGCGGCAGCUGGCCCCGGCGCUCGGCGCGCCUGUGCCGGCGCGACCUGCCUUCUUCCUCUCGCUCACCUUUUCGCACAUCCGCGACGCACUCCCCGUGCUUGCGACGGCCUCGGCCGGUGUGGACGUGCUGGAGCUGCGCGUGGACCUCCUGGACCCGGCGGGCAUGCCGUCUGUCGACGAGGUGCGGGCGCAGGCCGUCCUCCUGCGGCAGCACUCGCCACUCCCGAUCCUGUACACGGUGCGCAGCGUGUCGGAGGGCGGGCGGUUCCCUGACGACCAGGAGCAGGCGUACUGGGCGCUCGUGCGCCUCGGCGUGCGCCUCGGCUGCGAGUGGGUCGACGUGGAGCUGCGCCGCUCGCCGGACGCGUGGCGCGAGCUGCGCGCGCACCGCGGGCCCUCGCGGAUUGUGGCGUCGGCGCACGACACGGCGGGACAGGUGCCGUGGACGUCGCCGGCGAUGGCGCAGCUGUACGAGCGCGGGCACGAGUGGGGCGACCUUGUCAAGCUCGUCGGCAUCGCCCAUUCGGUCCAGGACAAUGUGGCGCUGGAGCACUUCCGGGCGGCGCGCGAUGCCUCGACGCUCAUUGCGAUCAACAUGCAGGCGGCCGGCCAGCUUUCGCGCGUGCUCAACCCGCUUCUCACGCCCGUGACGCACCCCAGCCUGCCGAGCAGGGCGGCGCCGGGGCAGCUAAGCGUGCAGGAGAUCCACGCGGCGCGCCACCUCCUCGGCCUGCUGCCUGCGCAGCGCUUUGCCCUCCUGGGCACGCCGAUCGUGCACUCGCUGAGCCCGCUCAUCCACAAUACUGCGUUUCAGCUGCUGGGCCUGCCGCACUCGUACGCGCUGCACGAGACGGCCGAGGUCGAUGCGAGCGUACGUGCGCUCGUGCGCGCGCCCGACUUUGGCGGUGCGAGUGUCACGAUCCCCCACAAGCGCGACAUCCUGGCACUGCUGGACACGCUGUCGCCUGAGGCGCAGGCCAUUGGCGCAGUCAACACGGUGGUGCCACAGCGCGACGGCGAGCGCCUGUCGCUGCACGGCGAGAACACGGACUGGCGUGCGAUCUAUGAGCUGGCGCACCGGGCCCGCCGCGCAGCGCGCACGGCCCUCGUGAUCGGCGCCGGUGGCUCGGCGCGCGCCGCACUGUAUGCAAUGCACAGGUUGGGCGCCACGACCGUCCUCCUGUACAACCGCACGUACUCGAAGGCCGCGGAGCUUGCGGCGGGCGUGCCUACCGAGUGGCGCGUGCAGCCGUUGCAGGCGCUCACGGACGCCGCUGCCCAGGCGCCCGACGUCAUUGUGAGCAAUGUGCCGGCUUCCGGCACGUCGCUGACGCCGGGCGGCGCCGACAUUGUGCUGCCGGCCGACCUGCUGUCGGCCGGCGGCGGCGUGGCGAUUGACAUGGCGUACCGCCCCGAAAAGACGCCGCUGCUCACGCUCGUCGAGCAGAAUCCUGCAUGGCACGGUGUCCGUGGCCUUGAGAUCCUUCUCGAGCAGGCCUUCCACCAGUUCCGUCUGUGGACGGGCCUGCCGGCGCCGCACGACGCCGUGGCGCGCGCCGCGUGGCACGCGUACCGCGCGCAGGCCGAGGCUCUUAGCACGUGA